GCCGUGGCCGCGCGGACCGAGCUCCUGGCUCGGGCAGGUCGCACCUGCAGGGCAGCAGCCAUGAGCCUGGUGGCCUGCGAGUGUCCCCCUGGCCCUGGGCAGGAGCACGAGCCCUGCUCACGAGCACCGUCCCAGGCCCGCAUGUACCUGGAGCAGAUUCGCAACCGUGUGGCUCCGGGGGCACCUGACGUGACCAAGCGCGACUACCUGGUGGAUGCAGCCACGCAGAUCCGGCUGGCCCUGGAGCGCGAUGUCAGCGAGGACUACGAGGCAGCCUUCAACCACUACCAGAACAGCGUGGACGUCCUGCUGCGGGGCAUGCACGUCGACCCCAACAAGGAGCGAUGUGAGGCUGUAAAGCUGAAAAUUACCAAGUACCUGCGGCGGGCAGAGGAGAUCUUCAACUGCCACCUGCAGCGGACCCUGGGCCGCGGAGCCAGCCCCGGCACGGGUUUCAACAGCCUGAGGCUCCGGCCCAUCCGCACGCUGAGCUCUGCCCUGGAGCAGCUGAGGGGCUGCAGGGUGGUCGGGGUCAUCGAGAAGGUGCAGCUGGUCCAGGACCCGGCGACUGGAGGGACCUUCGUGGUGAAGAGCCUGUCCAGGUGUCACAUGGCGAGCCAGGAGCGGCUGACCAUCAUCCCGCACGGCGUCCCCUACAUGACCAAGCUGCUGCGGUACUUCGUCAGUGAGGACUCCAUCUUCCUGCACCUGGAGCAUGUGCCAGGAGGCACGCUCUGGGCCCACCUGCGCUCCCAGGCACGCCCCGCACCGUCUGGGCCCAGGUCUGGCUCCAGCCUGGAGAGGGUGAAGGCUCAGCUCAACUCCCGCCUCAGCAUCCGGACCCCAACGCCGCUGCCCCCUGGCCACAUCCGCCUGCAGGACAGAGUGCCCCUGGGGUCUCCUUGGACUUGCCGGAGCCUUGCCCCAGCCAGGGAGGUCCCACCCACCAGACCCCAGAGAGAGGCUGCAGGUGCGCCCUCAGCCAGGACCAGCACUUCCUGCUCCUCGGGCCCUCCGACGGCUCCCGGCGGCUGCCUGCACCUCCAGUCCCGGAGGGAACCUGGCCAGAACUCAGACACUGGGUCCCCUUGGGGGCUCUCCUGGGUUCGCGAGGGGGCAGGCCGGGUGCUGGGGGGCUGUGGCCGCAGCAGAGGUCAGAGCUGCCCCUCAGCGGACAAGGCCAGCCAGGGGUCUGGCGGGGGCGCCUGGAGUGUGAGGGAAGAGCAGGUCAAGCAGUGGGCGGCUGAGAUGCUGGUGGCCCUGGAGGCGCUGCACGAGCAGGGGGUGCUGUGCCGGGACCUCAAUCCCCGGAACCUGCUCCUGGACCAAGCAGGUCACGUUCGGCUCACGUACUUUGGCCAGUGGUCAGAGGUGGAGCCCCAGUGCUGCAGGGAGGCUGUGGACAACCUCUACAGUGCCCCAGAGGUGGGUGGGAUUUCUGAGCUGACGGAGGCCUGUGACUGGUGGAGCUUUGGGUCUCUACUGUAUGAACUGCUGACUGGAACGGCCCUAUCCCAGAGCCACCCCUCAGGAAUCCAGCCCCACACCCAGCUCCAGCUGCCUGAGUGGCUCAGUCGCCCAGCAGCCUCCCUGCUGACCGAGCUACUGCAGUUCGAUGCCAGCAGGCGCCUGGGAACUGGAGGGGGCGGUGUCAACAGACUCAAGACCCACCCCUUUUUCAGUACCAUCCAGUGGAGCAAGCUGGUGGGGUAA